AUGCUAAGAAGGCGCGGAACGGCAGGCACAUUGUUGGUGUUGGUUUCUCCCAUCGCAUGGCCCUUUGUUUUGCUGGAAAAGGGAGAACUCCAGGAUGUUGGAAGCUUCAGGCAAGCCACUCUUCCCUUCUCCGACCGGCGGCUGCAGCCUCUUUCGUCAUCCAUUCUCACAGAAUGCACAUCACUCCCCUGUGGCGUGAUCGACGAGGGGAUCGCUGAGGACACCAAGGUGGAGAUCAUUUGGCCAGAGGAGACCUCGGACGGCUUGAAGAAGCGGAGGAGGAAGCUUCGCCCAACUGCAGUCCGGCUGACGCUGGGCUCGAUCCGCCCGAACCCGCUUCCUGCUUCCAGAAAGCAUCUCUUGCUGGCCAUUCCACGCCCGCAGCAGCUUGAACGGAUGUUGCGGUUUCCUGAGAUUUUUUUGGCCAGGUCACACAGCAUGGCCAGUGACACAGGCGAUGGCAGGUUGAAAAACAUAUCUAGGAAAGUACAAUAG